AUGAUCUCAUCGACUCCAGCCUAUAUCCCAACCUUGCGCUUCGAAAACCAAUCCAAAUGGGAAACAUGGCUGGCAGAAAAUUACGCUACCUCAUCUGGCUUGUGGGUUCAGAUUGCCAAGAAGAACUCGAAUAUCCUGUCAGUGACCUAUGACGAGGCGCUUGACAUCGCGCUGUGCUUCGGAUGGAUCGACGGCCAACGCAAGUCUCAUGAUGAAGAGUACUUUGUCCAAAGGUUUACGCCUCGUCGAAAGAAAAGCCUCUGGUCCAAGAGAAACGUGGACAAGGUUGCCAAGUUGAUUGAGACUGGCCGUAUGCAACUGUCGGGACAGGUUGAGAUCGAUGCGGCGAAAGCGGACGGUCGCUGGGACAGGGCAUACUCUUCAGCCAGCGUGAUGGAGGUACCACUGGAUUUUCAGACGGCAUUGGAAUCAAAUGCCAAUGCUAGAAAAUUCUUCGAUGCACUCAACAAGACGCAGAGAUACUCAUACCUGUGGAGGAUUGAGACGACGAAGAGACCGGAGACACGGAAACGCAAAAUCGGACAGUUUGUGGAGCUACUCGCUCAACACAAGACUCUUUGA